UUUGUGUUUUGUUCUAGUUUUGAUUUUGACCAUUAAAUGUGUUAGACUUAGCACUUAAUAUGAGAGGUGCAUGUUGUAAAUAGUUCUAUCCACAAACAUGUUUUCUUUUUCUCCAAUAAUAACACCCUCUUCCCUCCCAUCUUCAACGGUUCUCAAGUUGGAAACUUUUUCGCUUAAAAAUGGUGGGUUUAUCAGAAUUGGAGGGAUUACUGCUCCUUCAAUGAUACCUACAAGUAGAAAAUUAGCUAGAUGUUCUGUUUCAGCUUCUGGUGAUGGCAAUGCUUCUGUUCAGACUGAUAUUCCUUUUCCUUUUGAUUACUCUGAGCUUCUGGAACAAGCUAAAGUUGCAGUGGAAUUGGCCAUGAAGGAUAACAAACAGCUAAUGGAGAUUGAGUUUCCCACAGCUGGACUCGAAUCCGUACCAGGUGAUGGUGAAGGUGGAAUAGAGAUGACCGGAAGCAUGCAAUUGAUUCGUGAAUUUUGCGACCUCUCCAUUUCUGCAGAGAAAAUCACGCGAACAAGAAUAUUUUUUCCAGAAGCUAAUGAAGUCGACUUUGCAAGACAGUCAGCCUUCAGUGGAGCUUCUUUUAAGUUGGACUAUCUGACGAAGCCUUCAUUUUUUCAAGAUUUUGGUUUUGUUGAGAAAGUAAAAAUGUCGGAUAGAGUGAAGGCAGAGGAUGAACUUUUCGUAGUAGCCUACCCGUAUUUCAAUGUCAACGAAAUGCUUGUUGUGGAAGAACUUUACAAAGAAGCUGUCGUGAACACCGAACGAAAACUGAUUAUUUUCAAUGGAGAACUCGACCGUAUCAGAUCUGGAUAUUAUCCACCAUUCUUUUAUCCAAAGCUUGCUGGACUUACGAAGUCAUUUCUACCUUCGAUGGAAACCGUGUAUUACAUUCAUAAUUUCAAGGGUCGCGAUAGGGGAAUACUUUUCAGGUGCUAUCCAGGACCCUGGAAAGUCCUGAGAAGAGUGGGGAGUAGUAAAUUUGUUUGUCUACAUCAGCAGGAUACUAUGCCAUCCCUCAAGGAAGUUGCCCUUGAUAUUCUUCCAAAAAAUUGAUGUAUCAGUUUCAGUAAUUAUAGUAAUGAUGAACAACAGGGGUUGGUCUCCAGCUUCUUCUUCGGAGAUUCUGCGGUUGGCAUCUGAUUAACGAAGGGUUGAAGUUGCGAUGGUCAAAGAAAUGGCGCCUUUGCAGUACUGAAGUGGCAUAUUUUUAAAAGCUACCAAGUUUGUUGUUGUACAGUUUGGAAAUUCAUCUGAGCAAUACAAGUUUUCUGUCUGUGUUUGUGUAUUUAUUGUACAGAAUUUGUCAACACUCAACAAUCACUGAAUCAAUCCGGUUGAUCAAAUCACUUCUGUUGUGUUAGAA